AUGGCACCUUUAUUGCAGACAUUGGUGAGCGGCCUCGCUCUGGUGAGCUCUGUCGUUGCUUCCAAGGGUGCUUCUCGACCUCGGCCUCAGGUCGACACCUUGGUCGAGUCCCAGAUCCUCACCGAUCCCUAUGCCUAUGAUUUCCCUCGUCUGGGCGCCGACGGCGCCAGUUUGUUCCCUAUGCGCAAAUGUCAUGGUUUCACCUUGGAGGAGGCAUCGAUCGACCAGAUCCAGGCACAGCUGAAGAAGGGGACUUUCACUGCCGUUGAGCUGCUGGAGUGCUACAUGGACCGUGUUCACCAGACUCAGCCUUAUUUGAAUGCUAUCUUGCAAGUGAAUCCCGAUGCUUUCUCCAUAGCUCAGAAGCUUGAUCGUGAGCGUGCUGCCGGCACCGUCCGUGGUCCUCUCCACGGCAUUCCUUUCAUUGUCAAGGACAAUAUUGCUAGUAAGGACCGUUUGGAGACCACAGCCGGUUCCUGGGCAUUGCUCGGAAACGUCGUACCCCGCGAUUCUUUCGUUGUCAACCGUCUCCGUAAGGCUGGCGCUGUGCUUCUCGGCAAGGCUGCUCUGAGCGAGUGGGCCGAUAUGCGCUCCAACAACUACUCCGAAGGCUUCUCUGCCCGUGGCGGCCAAUGUCGCAGCGCCUACAACUUCACCGUGAACCCCGGCGGCAGCAGCACUGGCUCUGGAGUCGCUGUCGGCGCCAACCUGGUUCCUUUUGCUCUUGGGACCGAAACUGAUGGCAGUGUCAUCAACCCCGCUCAGCGGAACGCCAUUGUCGGCAUCAAGCCCACCGUCGGUCUGACCUCCCGUGCCGGCGUCAUCCCCGAGUCAACUCACCAAGACACCGUGGGCACAUUCGGCAAGACCGUCCGCGAUGCCGUCUACGCACUCGAUGCCAUCUACGGAAUCGACACCCGCGACAACUACACUCUCGCCCAGAAAGGCCUCACCCCCGCUGGCGGCUACGCUCAAUUUCUAAGCAACCGAACCGCCCUCAAAGGCGCUACCUUCGGUAUCCCCUGGAAGUCCUUCUGGGCGCUCGGAGAUCCCGCGCAGAUCGCCGAACUCUUCCAGCUAGUCAAACUGAUCGAAUCCGCCGGCGCAACCGUCAUUAACGGUACCGAGCUGCCCCAUUACAAGGAGAUCGUCUCGCCAGAUGGCUGGAACUGGGAUUACGGUACCACGCGCGGCUACGUCAACGAAUCCUCAUAUACCUACAUCAAGGUCGACUUUUAUAACAACCUACGCGACUAUCUCGCCGAGGUUAACAACACCGAUAUUCGCUCCGUCGAGGACCUCGUCCAGUACAAUAUCGACAACUACGGCUCAGAAGGCGGUCUGCCCGGUAUUCAUCCCGCCUUCGGCUCUGGCCAGGAUGGUCUCGUUGCUUCGCUUGAGACUAAGGGCGUCAUGAACGAGACGUAUUUCCAGGCUUUGGAGUUCUGCCGCCGCACUACCCGCGAGGAGGGUAUCGAUGCUGCUCUGAAGCAUGGCAAUACUACUCUGGAUGGUCUCCUUGUGCCACCCGAUGUUGCGCAGAGCGUUCAGAUUGCUGCCCAGGCUGGGUAUCCGGUUAUCACCUUGCCUGCUGGCGUUAGUGAUGUCUCUGGAAUGCCUUUCGGUCUUGCUAUUGUGAACACUGCUUUCUCUGAGGCUACCUUGGUCAAGUACGCUAGCGCUAUCGAGGAUCUGAAGAAGCACUCGGGUGCCAAGUGGCGUCGUGACCUCCCCCAGUGGCGUGGUUACCUGGAGCGUAAUUUGCCUGUGAUUAUGUGA